AGAGUCCCUAAUCCUACAACGGGUCCUUAAAAGUUACUUCCGCAAACAACAUGACGAUGUAUUGUAUUCUUUUUAGGGUUUAAUAAAAUAAUUUGAUGCAUUUUACUAUUAUUUACAUCGUGACCUUCUUGUUAACAUGUCGUUGUUCGACUCUAAACGGCGAGGAUACUUGCGGUUCUUUAACAGAGUGGCUCCAGUCCACGACCGUUUCAGUGGCUAUCAAGAACAAGGGUUUCCACAGGGAGGUAGAGACCACGGUUGAGCUUCACCAUGAUGCGUUCAAGGACAUCAAAGUUUUGCUGCUUUAUAAAUGGCCCCGUGGCGUCUAUGUGGACCCCUACCAGCUCUCUUUCCUGGCUGAAAAAGUUGACUGGCAGAUUUUAGUAGACUCGGCUAUUGAUCUGGAGGUUCCUGCGCACCAGGCUUCAGGAUUCGUCACGUACGUUUACCCCGCCCUCAGCGAGCGGCCGAAAGUCACCAUUCCAGUCCACGGCCGCUAUCACCGGCCCUCCUUCGCCGGGAAAGCGUUUGAAUCCAUCACCAUAGAAGCUCCGCGGCUGCUUUUGCGGACAGAAGAAUGUUCAAAGUGGGACAAUUUAGAGCCGCACACUGUGACGGAAGCCCCCUGCACCGCUGACAAUGCAAGCACGUGCCUGUGGAUUGAUGUGAACUCACAGAAGCACGUCCACGUUCGCUUGCAGCUACCGAUAGGGGACGGGUCUUUGGUGGGAGCAGUAUGCACGAUAACGCUGCUGGUCACCAUCACGUGCUGCUUGGCACUCUCCAAGUACAUGUGGAAGCAUCGCCUUGUUUAAAGAAUCACUCUGCUUUUUGUGCUCGGUACAGUUUAAUGUACAAACCCCAUUUCCAUACGAGUUGGGAAAUUGUGUUAGAUGAAAAUAUAAACAGAAUACAAUGACUUGCAAAUAAUGUUCAACCCAUAUUCAGUUGAAUAUGCUACAAAGACAACAUAUUUGAUGUUCAAAUUGAUAAACAUUUUUUUGUUGUUGCAAAUAAUCAUUAACUUUAGAAUUUGAUGCCAGUAACACUUUUUCAUGGACGCCCCUGCUUAUUUCAGCAAGACAAUGCCAAGCCACAUUCAGCACGUGUUACAACAACGUGGCUUGGUAAAUAAUCUCUUGUCUCCCAUCGAAAAUGUGUGGCGCAUUAUUAAGCGUAAAAUACGACAGCGGAGACCCCGGACUGUUGAACGACUGAAACUACAUAAAACAAAAAUGGGGAAGAAUUCCACUUUUAAAGCUUCAACAAUUAGGUUCCUCAGUUCCGAAACGUUUAUUGAGUGUUAUUAAAAGAAAAGGUGAUGUAACACAGUGGUGAAUAUGCCCUUUCCCAACUACUUUGGCACGUGUUGCAGCCAUGAAAUUCUAAGUUAAUUACUAUUUGCAAAAACUAAAUAAAAGUUUAUGAGUUUGAACUUUAAA